UUUUUUUCUCAACUGAUCAGCUGAUUAAUUUUCUUUCUCUUCUCUUUUUCUUGUCUUAGUUGUUUAUUUUUAAUUCUAUUGCAGAUCUGCGGUUAUUUAUUUGAUUUCUUUCAAAUUUUGUUGAUUAUUUUAAUUGUUUAUCUAAUUAUGUCUUCGGCGAAUGGAAAUAUCGACAAAAUGGUUACAAUUAUGCCCAAUGCAAUUGUCUGUCGGGAACAAACAACAAUCAGUGGGGAUGUUGUCAUUGGUAGUCGAACGAUAAUUCACCCAACAGUUACAAUCAUCGCUGAAAAUGGACCGAUUGUUAUUGGAGAGUCUAACCUGAUUGAGGAAUAUGUAACCAUAAUUAACAAGACUAAUCAACCGAUGAUCAUUGGGAAUAACAAUGUUUUCGAGGUUGGUGCUCAUUCUGAAUCACUUGAGAUUCAGGAUAACAAUGUAUUGGAAUAUAAAAGUCGAAUCGGACCUAAAGUUAAACUAACCAAUGGCUGUGUAAUUGGUACAAUGUGUGACCUUAAUGAUGAUCAAAUUUUACCCGAAAAUACUGUUCUCUAUGGGCCUGAUUGUAAACAAAGAAAACAAUUGGAAAAACCAUCACUUCAAACAUUUCAACUCGAUUUUCUUAGUAAAAUUAUGCCUAAUUAUCAGAGAAUUGAGAAACCAAGAAAAGGAACCAAUAGUGCCGGUGGAAAUUGAUUAUUCUUUCAAUCUUCUAAUUAUAAUCAUUCGUUGUUGGGAUGAAAUUUCUUCUUCUAUUCAAAGAAUUAAAACUGGGAAAAACAUGAGAUGAGAUUAAAGACAUUUAAUUGAUUUGAAAAUUACCAAAUGGACCAAACCAAAUCUACGGUUAAAUAGUAGAUAAUAUCGAUUAAAAUAGAAAUACCAAAUAUAAUAGUAAU